UCGUUUAUAACUGGUGCUGCUUUUGACAUUGCAAUAAUAGAUUUUUCGGUCUUGUUUGCCCAAAGACCUUUGAUCAAAUCUUUAACUAACUUCAAUAUAUUUAUGUGCGGUUCGGGUAUGAUUUUUGAAGUAUGUAAUUUAUUCUAUUGUGUUUUCACAAUAGUUGUAUACCGGUUUUGGCGGUCAGUAUAUAAAGAAAGUUUGCACGAAUUUUAAUUAUCGAGGUUUGGGCAGUGACCAUUGUCGAACGUUUCUUUUGUAUUGUCUAUUUUCGUUAUGUCUGAUAUCGAGCCUGAUCAACUACCUGAUAUGGAAGGUGUAGAGCUGCCGUGUCAAGCUGAUUCUGAUGAAAUUACAAAUGCUGAUUUGUUGUCGUUGAUGAAAACCUAUUUUACCAGAAAGUUGACGGGAAUUGAGAGAAAUUUUGCAGAUACCACACAUGAUCUUGCACGAAAGGUACAGAAAUCUGAGAGUUCCUUCAAGUUCAAGGGUAACAAAGUUAAGUUUGACUUAAAUUCUGAUGUUAGAUAAUAUUGAUAUUGCUGUAGACUGUAUAGAGCACCGGAGAUAUGAGAAGGCCGUCAAAGUGCUGUUAGAAUCUGGUAAAUCUUUGAAGAAAAGGAAUAAGCUGAUUCGAAUAGCAGAUAAAUCCGAAGGUGGUUGGAAAACUGUAGACGAGUAUUUGUCUGAUGACGUGGCUAGUGACUCAGAGGAUGAGAAGCGCAUUCGGGCGGCUGAUGGCAGAGCAGUGAAGAAAUUGAAAACCGUGAAGCAGGAUAAGCGUCAAAACAUAAAGAAAAGACCCGCGGAAUCUGCUGGUGGUCCAUCUAGUAUUGCUCACAAUGGUAAUAAUGGUGGUUUUUCACAGCAACAGCCCUUUCUUGUCGCGGGGGCCUCCGCCCCCAUCACAUCUCGUCGUAACAGAGCUAGGGACAUCUGUUACAACUGUGGUCUGUAUGGACAUUGGGCUAAAGACUGUAAAAAAGGGGGAAAUUCAGCAGCUUCCAGAGGAGCACCAUACUGAGAGAUCUCCAGAUAUUCUUAAGGUACAGAAUGUAGAAAAUUUUGACUCUUUUUAUGAUUAUGAAUCUGGUACUUCUUGUAUAAAUGUUAAAAAUUGACUGAAAAAUUCUUUAGAUUUUUGGAAAAAUAUUAAUGCUUCAAAGUUUAUUUUAGAUUUAAUUGAGAAUGGUUAUAAAAUACCUUUGAUUAAUGAACCAGAGAGCGUUUUGCUAAGAAAUAAUAAAUCUGCUUUAGACCAUAAAGAUUUUGUAGAAAAGGCAGUUCAAGAAUUGAUUGAUGCUAGCUUGAUAAAAGAGGUAUCGAACAGACCGCAUGUUGUUAACCCGUUAACUGUAUCGAUUAAUUCAUCAGGUAAAGGUCGCUUAAUUUUAGACUUGAGACACGUAAACAAGCAAGUUGUUUAUAGUAAAAUUAAGUUUGAGGACUGGAAAACUGCCAGUCAGUUUUCGACAAACGAUUGUUUUGGUUUUGCCUUUGAUUUAAAAUCAGGCUAUCAUCACAUAAACAUUUUCCUUAAUCAUCAGAAGUAUUUGGGGUUUUCUUGGAAGUUUGGUGAAACGGUAAAAUAUUUUGUUUUUACAGUUUUGCCGUUUGGCCUCUAUUCAGCGGGAUACGUAUUCACUAAAGUUGUAAGACCUUUAAUUGCUCACUGGCGCAAAGGUGGUAUCAAAAUUACAGCGUAUUUAGAUGAUGGCUUGUGUUUAGCGGAGACUGAAAAGCUAUGUUGCGGACAAUCAGUGAGGGUCAAAAACGAUUUGAUAUUGUGAGGUUUUGUUCCAAACAAGGACAAGUGUAUAUGGACACCUGUUCAAACUUUAGUUUGGCUUGUUUUCAUUUGGAAUUUGAAAAGUUCUUUGAUGGAGUUGCCGUUAAUUAAAAUAGAUAAUUUUAUCCAUUUGAUUGAUGUAAUUCUGUCUAAAGCUUUUAAAGUUAAAAUUAGGUUAUUAGCUAAAUUAUGUGGAAAAAUAAUUUCCUUUUCGCCAGCUAUUGGAAAUGUUACUCAAAUUAUGACAAGGUGUACUUUUUCUGUUAUAAAUUUAAAACAAGACUGGGAUCAGUACGUUGAUUUGAGACACCAUUCAGAUAGUAUUCAAGAAAUUUUGUUUUGGAAACAAAAUAUUCACUGCUUGAAGCCAUUACCUUUAUUACGGAAUAAUUCUGAAUUUAAUGUUUUCACUGAUGCUAGUGAUAUAGGUGCAGGAGGUUAUUUACAAGGUACUGAUUAUAUUGCACACAGGCAAUGGUCUGUGACAGAGGCAACAAAAAGCUCCACUUGGAGAGAGGUGAAAGCCAUUGAAUUAUCUUUAGAUAGUUUUGCGAAAGUAUUAGAACACAGUUCAGUUACUUUUUUCACAGAUAAUCAAAAUGCUGUUAGUAUCAUUAAGAAAGGAAGCAAAUUACCACACUUGCAAGGUUUAGCUUUAUCAAUUUUUAAUACUUGUGUGUCGCGUAAUAUUUCAUUAUAUGCACAGUGGAUUCCUAGAGAGGAAAACGAAAAGGCUGAUGCUUUGAGUAGAAUUAUUGACAUUGAUGAUUGGGGCAUAUCUUUUGAAUUUUUCGAUUUCUUGAAUAGCAUCUGGGGACCAUUCACUGUUGACAGGUUUGCUAACAUGCAUAAUACUAAGCUGACUAGGUUUAAUUCGAAAUAUUGGAAUCCUACAACAUCAGCGAUAGAUGCAUUCACUUGCAACUGGAAUGGCGAGAACAACUGGUUAGUUCCGCCAAUUAGUCUAGUUAGUAACUGUAUUAACCAUUUAGUCUCUUGUGUAGCAGAGGGUACACUUGUUGUUCCUAAAUGGCAGUCUGCUGCAUUUUGGCCUUUGAUUUUUAAACAGAACUUGGAAUACGCUUGUUAUGUUGUUGAUGUUUUAGAAUUUCAUGAAGUGGAAAGAAUUUUUGUUGCUGGUAACAAUUUAAACUCUUUGUUUGCUAAUGGUAAAUUUCACGGGGAAAUAUUAGCUGUACAUUUAAAUGCUUCGGUUGUGUAAUAUGUAUAUUUAUUUUACAGAUUUAUAUUACCACUGGGUAUUGCGUUUUGCUACGGUGUUACUGUGUACACACAUUGGACUGCCUUUUUUGGUCACUGGACCCUCAUCUUAUUGGUCGCUGGACUAUUGUUAUAGAUUGUAUUAUUAUUUGACCAAGUCACUGGACUAGUAUGGAUAUAGUUUCAAGAUGUUUGAUUGCUGUCUUUUACCGGUAUUGUUGAUCAAAUUGAGAUUUUGUGAUGUUUAUAAAGGACUUUUUU